UGUUAUCAAUGCAAGCGAUUCAUAUAAAAGUAAGCCGCCCUACUUGCUCUGAUCUUAGUCUGAAAAUAUGAACGUUUGGACCCUUUGGAUUAUCACCGUAUUAAUUGCGUUGGGUUUGACGAAGGCCAAAGAUGAUAUUUGGCAAGGGAAGAUCCCGAUUAAAUUCUUGAAAGCGGUCAUGGAGCAACCAACAUUGUGUGAAUCUGGUUAUUCUGAUUAUGAAAGUUGUGAAAAUGCCAUGAUGAUAAAUAGUGCUAAAAGCCGAAGCGCAAACGAUGCAUACGAAUAUAACAGUGACGAAGUCAACAUAGAGAAAAUAAUUGAGGAUCUAGCACCGUCUGAGGAAAAGCGAAGUAAUUCUCGAGCCGGUUGUGAUUGUCAAUUGUCGAGUGAAAUGAUCGAUUUAGGUCCUUCAUCAUUCCCGAGACUUAUACGCAACGUAACUUGUGAUAGAACGCAUAAGCGUUGCUAUCAUUCCAGAGGCAAAGAGCUCCGUUGUUUGCCGAUUCCUUAUAAGGUCAGUGUAAUAAAGAUGCGUGACUAUCGAAUAGAUCCAAGAAAAGCGUACGAUGAGAUUGUCCUACCACAAGAUCUUCGUUGCUGUUGGAAAGCCGAUUAUAUUCCAACGAUUGUUGGGUGUGUUUGUGGGCCAGAUUAUUGAUACCCAUACCUAUCCGCCAAAUACGAAUCGAUGUUCAAAUGAAAUCCACUGCGAAUUGAGUUCAAAUAAAAAAAAACCACGACAAUUUAAAUUUCUGCAUGUUUUAAAAGAUUUUCUUUUAUUGUUUCUGUGUCAAAACAAUUUGUAUUUAUAAAAAAAAUAUAGAAUUCUGAAUACAAAGUAACAAAAACUUUGAGAAA